AAAACACAUUCUUUAGAGAGAACUCAUGUCUUGGACUCCAAAGCUACACUGACACAUCACAAGAGGAAUGAUGCAGGGCGGGAGAGGAGAGAGGGAGAGUAAAGAGGAAGCGCAAGCGAGAGUUGGAAAAACACCUAUUUGAAAGAAAAAAUACGUCUCUUUCCAGCAAAACUUCCCCUUCGAAUGUUUCACUACCUGCGCUUUGAUCCCUUGAAGACAGAUUACCUCUCAUCUAAUUCGCAUCAGGCACAAUGUCAACUUGUCUGCGGCUCUGUGUGUGCUUUUAGCCGAGGCAAAACCUUUAGGAAAACAUUGCAGGGCGCUGGAAUCCUGGGAGAGGUUUAUCCGCGAGAGGAUGAAAGGAAACAUAAAAAGCCCGGGUGAGGAAAUUGAACAGUUCCACUCUGUGAAAUCACCCUGACUCCUUUCCUCGUUCAGUUUCCUCCAGCUCGUAAAGCUCACCUCUCACCAGCAGAAGGAAUGGGCAGCCUUCCACUGGUCCUGCUCCUCUGCAGUUUCCACGCGCUCACGCCUGCGGCCCGGGCCCAGCACAUAGAGAGCUCGGAGGCACCUAUCGGCGCGCUGCCGGCCGACUGCAGGGAGGAACUGUAUCCGUGCACCAGGAUGUACUCGGUCCACAAGCCUUUCAGGAGGUGCAUUGCUACGCUCUGCAUCUACAGCAUGUCUCGCGUCUACGUGAUCAACAAGGAGAUCUGCACGAGGACGGUGUGCCAGCAGGACGAGUACCUGAAAGCUGAGCUGUGCAGGGAGUUGUCCGGGUGGCCCAGGCGCGUCGAGAGAUCGUCCACCGGGAAGCGCUGCCGCAGCCGCAGCCGCAGCCGCAGCCGCAGCCGCAGCCGCAGCCGCCCCGGGUCUUGGGCAGAGCAACCGUGAGGGGUCCAGGUGUGGGAAUGCGUCCGUGGAAGAUGAUAAAACGCGGAGCCUGUGGCGGUGUCAUAGAAACUGCCUGAGGCCCCGUCAAACCAGUGAACACAGACAAUGUGCUCAUUUCAGUUGUGUGUUGUUGGACACAGAUCAUAUUUCCCAUGGUUUACGCUCAAUUAAUGUGCAGUAGCUAACGGCCUAGAGCAGCACAUCAUGCACUGUACAAAGAAAAACCCAGUGUUGUGUAAUGUAAGCAGCCACUGCCAAUCCAGUAAGUGCACUAUUAUAUACUACUUUACCCAAUAAACAAGGUUGGUUCAGUAAAAGA